AUGGCUUCUGAGGAUUCGAAGGAUCUGCCCUCAAUUGUAUCAGGUGCCGGCUCGUUACCCGAUUUCAUCGUUGAGCGCAACAACUUCUUCGAGGAGCUUUGGCAACAAUAUCUCGAGGAGACCAAGAACAAGCCUCACCCCGAAAUUACCGUCACCCUGCAACCCGGCAACGGCAACAAGGAACAGGUCUCCGCCAAAGCCUGGGAAACUACCCCCGCCCAACUUCUCAAGAAUGUGCCCAAGGAACUGAGUGCCACUAUUGUGCUUGCAAAGGUCGAUAACGAACUCUGGGACUUGAGCCGACCUUUGGAAGGCGACUGUACUGUUUCCUAUGUGCGAUUCGAAGAUCCCGAAGGAAGGGAAGUCUUCUGGCACUCUAGUGCUCACUGCCUGGGUGAGGCUUGCGAGUGCGAAUAUGGGUGUCUGCUCUCCCAUGGACCUCCCACUCCACAGGGUUUCUUCUAUGAUAUGGCCAUGCCUGAUAACCGCGUUGUAAGAGAGACCGAUUGGCCAGCACUGGACAAGCACGCAAACCGUGUCUUCAAGGAGAAGCAGAGCUUUGACAGAUUAGAAGUUACGAAAGAGAACCUGAAGAAGAUGUUCGCCUACAGCAAGUACAAGCUGCAUUAUAUUGAUAAACUGGUGACCGGAGAAAAGAGCACUGUUUAUAGAUGCGGUACCUUGGUCGACCUUUGCAGAGGACCCCACAUUCAAAACACUGGCAAGAUUAAGACCUUCAAGAUCAUGCAGAACUCCUCUGCUUACUUCCUUGGCGACCAAAGUAAUGACUCUCUGCAGCGUAUCCGUGGUGUCGCCUUCCCCGACAAGAAGCAAAUGCAAGAACAUUUGAAGUUCCUGGAGGAAGCGGAAAAGCGUAACCAUGUGAAGAUCGGCAAAGAACAGGAGCUCUUCUUCUUUGACGAAGUCUCCCCGGGAUGCCCAUUCUUGCUCCCCAACGGUACUAAGAUCUUCAAUGCUCUUCAGACCCUUUUGCGGUCAGAGUAUCGUAAGCGUGGCUACCAGGAAGUUCAGACGCCUAACAUGUACGAUGUUGGCAUCUGGAAGACUUCUGGACACUGGGCUCACUACAAGGAUGACAUGUUUAAGCUUGAUGUUGAGAAGAGAGAGUGGGCUCUUAAGCCUAUGAACUGCCCCGGACACUUCGUCCUUUUCGGUCAUCGCGAGAGAAGUUACAGAGAACUCCCGUUGCGUCUUGCAGACUUUGGUGUUUUACACAGGAAUGAGGCAUCUGGUGCACUAAGUGGACUCACCCGUGUCCGGAAGUUCCAGCAAGAUGAUACCCAUAUUUUCUGUACUCAGGAUCAGAUUACCUCGGAGAUCGAGGGGCUAUUCGAUUUCCUUCAAUCUAUCUAUGGGCUUUUCGGCUUCACUUUCAAGCUGAAGCUUUCCACUCGUCCAGAGAAGUACCUUGGAGAACUUGAAACUUGGAACUAUGCCGAAGAGCAGCUUAAGGCGGCCAUGACUAAGUUCAAGGGCGAUGACUGGACCAUUGAUGAGGGUGACGGUGCCUUCUACGGACCUAAGAUCGACAUCACUAUCGCUGACGCUCUCAAGCGAGAGUUCCAGUGUGCCACCAUCCAGCUUGAUUACCAGGCUCCCAUCAACUUCAAGCUUGAGUACAUGAGCAACGAAAAGGCCGACAAGAGCCAAGCGGCUGCCGAGUCGGCCGAGGGCGAGAACAAGUCUAGCGAGCCUGGCCCUGGCCGUGCUCGUCCAGUCGUCAUCCACAGAGCUAUCAUCGGUAGCUUUGAGCGGUUUCUGGGAAUCUUGACUGAGCACUUUGGCGGCAAGUGGCCUUUCUGGAUCAGCCCUCGCCAGAUCCUUAUUGUUCCUGUCAUGCCUGCUGUGAACGACUACGUGGAAGAGCUGCAGACUAUCUUGCGCGGUGAUAAGCUGAACGUCGACAUUGACAUCAGCGGAAAUACCAUGCAGAAGAAGAUUCGUACUGGACAGCUGGCCCAGUACAACUUCAUUUUCGUCGUCGGUGCUCAAGAGAAGGAGGCUCGCACUGUCAACAUCCGUAACCGUGAUGACCCUGCAACUCAGAAGCAAGGUGUCAUGAUUCCUCUCGAGGAGGCACGCGAAAAGCUUCGGGCUCUCAGGAAAGAGCGCAGGCUAGUCAACUCUCUGUAG